AUGCGACAAGGGAUCCCCGACGCCAAUAUCACCAGUGCUAACACCAGUAGAGACACGGUCCCGUCGAGUGUUGAACAAAGCACGAUCGCCGACCGCCGACUGACCGUAAUCCCCGCUCAAAAUCGCGACAACGACACAAAUGUGCCUCUCAAUUCGCCACAGCCAUCUGGCCCCGGUGCCACUGAGAAUGCGAUGAUUCCUGUCGAACAGCCGUCGCCGCAACAAAGGCGAAACAGUAAUCUGGAUGGUUUGUCUGGACAGAAUCAUGGGUGCAUACCUCUUCCGCACUUACCCAUCCAGGCUAGCAAUACGAAGCCUAAUGUACACAAGACGAAUCAGUAUAAAAAGCUUGAUGUUAUCACGGAAAUAAUGCAUCAGAGCACGACCAGCAGUUUCAUAACUGAAGACGCCUUUGCCGCGUCACAACGGACACAGGCUCAUCAAGGGAUGACGAUGAAUACAUCCACAACCAAUCCUGCACUCCGGAGACUGAAGAAAUGGCAAGCAGAGUACCUGGCAGGAAAGAAAUCUGCAACUCCAUUAAAUGCACAAAACGCAGGCACAUCCAUCGAAAGGCAAUCCCAAUCUCCGUCGUCUAAUUCAUACUACGCAGGCUGCCUCUGUUGCCUUGUGCCGGACUUUCUGAAGAAGCACAGCAUCUCUCUGCGCUGCUGGGUGUUGUGUCCCCUUGUGGCGAUCCUCGUGACUGUUAGCAUACUGACGGUGACAGUGGCAAAUACUGCAUCUCUGGAAAGUGCAAUAGAGGCCUUAACUACUCUGCAUGGCCUGAUCGUUGCCAAUAUGGAGGUGGCCUGUGGUCGUCAGACAUUCUCUAAAGCGGUGCGCAUGGCAAUGGCACCUGGGAGCAUGUACUUCUCCAAUAACACCUUCCCGAAUCCCGUAACGGACAAGCUGAUGCCGCUGGAGAAUGGCAUGAUGUCCCGUUUGUGUGCAACUCUCCGCGAUAUGGAUCCAGCAAAAACAAUCACAACUUUGGGUGCUGUUUCAUUGACAAGAAAUCAAGCAGCUAUUUGUGUUGCCUCACGAAGCCGCCCCAAACUGUUUAUGGGUGCACAGAGCAGUGACGGGAUUAUUGAGGACUUUUACAUGCUUGACCCCGCGACUCUGGAAUACAAACAACCAUUGAUACCUAUGAACUUUCUGCGGCACCGUACGAGCGUCAAAAGCUUCACAACCAAGAACCACUAUGAUACAGUGGUGAAUCGAUGGAAUGAAUCACUUGCGAGCGGUGAGGUGAUGGAUCUUUCACAAUACUGGGUAACACCACGCUACCCACCGAUGUACGCCGCAUUUGUUUUUCCGUUCUUCGAGGUGUACGAUGACAAGACUACGGGCGUAGGCUAUUUGCACGCGACGAUGUUUACAACAAGACUAAUGGAUAUGCAGUGGUACAACGCAUCAGAAACUGGAAUUCGCGUGAUGCUAGUGGACCCCAAUGUAACGGCUGAGCGGCUCCUUGUCUUUGCUAACAAUUGGGAUCAGCCCCUUCACAACGUGUCAAAUCCAUGGACGGCUAUGGAUAAGGGGGAACCAAUAAAGUAUAUGACUUCAGACGACGUUAGUGACCCCAUAAUGCGUGAGGGGCUCCGGAAUAUAGAUCUUCGCCGUGCCCUCAUUAGCGGUAAGAAGGAAGAGGAUGUUUUCCCAUAUGGCGGAUACAACGGUCGUAUUACCGCGGAGCAUAUUGUCACGGAGAGCGGGGUCGCAAUGCUGCUUGUGGUGGUGACAACCCGCAGCUACUACUUUGGUCCGGUUUUCGUGUACCGCGACAUUGGUAUUGCUGGUGGUGUUCUUGUUCUUGUGCUGGUGACAGGUGCGUGCAUUGCAUUCGUGGAGUGCUGCCUGAUUCGCCCGCUUCGCACAACAAAGAGAGAGCUGAAGAUGGCGCUAAGUGGUGCCCCCGUUGGUGCGGCGCAGCACCGCCCUGUUUUGCUGCGCGAGGUGCGGGAGCUGGCGGAUGUGUGUGACACACUCCGUCGCCGCCUCCACAAAGUCCGGUCGUACAUGCCGGACCGUCUCCUUGUGGACGAGAAUGCUACGGCAACGGCUGGGCUAUCCGAUUUAAGCCCCCAUGGGCAUGAAGUCGACUCGCUUCAUGGGCCGCCGGCUAGCGACCUGCGGCGCGUGAUGUGCAGCGUUGCCUACGUGUACUACACCCCACGGAAACACGCGAACCCAACCAAUGCUGUUGUGGAGCAGAUGAUGCAUGUGGUUGUGGGUGCUGCGACUGCGUGUGGUGGGUGCUUCGAGUUGCAGCGGCCCGAUUACUGCGUGGUGAGCUUUGGUGUGCAGUCGCGUGGCAAAGAAUUUGCGGCGGAGGCCUCGCAGGCGGUGGAGUUUGCGCAGCGGCUGCGUGAGGAGCUGACGGAGUGCGCGGCGCUCGCUGGUCUGUACCGUGUGAUCGUGGAGUCCGGCGCGUUUCAGAGCGGCGUCAUCAGCGGGGGCGGCAGGAGCCAUUUCGUGCUGCUGUGCCGCAACCUGCACCACCUGCUUGGCGGUUUCCUGCCUCACGCUGGCGUUGUGGCGGCCGUCACGGAGGAAACGGCGCUGUUGGUGCGUGGCCGCCACCGGCUCCUGCCGUUCGAGACCGUGUACCUCGAGGAGGCCGGCGAGACGCAGGUGCAGCUGCAUGAGGUGCUUGGUGGUGAUGUUGGCACGGCGGCCUGGCAGGAGUACGAGCGCUGCUACUGCGAGGCGUACGACGAGAUGGUGCGCGGUGACUACUCCGGGGCGCUCCGGUGGUGGGACAGGGCAGCGGCGGUGGCGCAAAGCUCUCUGACGGAGGACCCGGCGGCGUGGCGGUCGUCACAGGAGGAACGGCUCAGGAGUGAGUGCGUCGCGCGUGUUGCGCAAGGCGACACAGCGCCGUACGUGCGGCGCCCGCAGCCGGUGGGGGGUGAAGAUGUCGAUCCGGCGGGCAGCGUGGCUCCCUCAAGCGAUUCCCGUGUGGAUCAGGACACACAAAACUCAAACCCCUAUACUGAUUCUUUUCAAACUGGAGGGACGGGGACACGGUCAAUAAUUGAGCGUGCCAGCCGUGCGGCAUAUGCGGGCGACUUGCCGCGCGUGUUCAAGGACCAUAUGGGGAACACGUGGAAGCGCGCGUUCGAGCCAAUUGACGAAGCAGUUGCGGAUGUCACCCCUGUCUACAUGGCCAUCUCCGCGACUGGGACGCUGGCAGUGCUGAAGGUGUACCCGCUGACGGUGACGGGUGGCCGCCUGCCGCGCGCGGAAGUGGACGCGGCGCUGCAGGAGCUGCUGAGCCUUGGAGAGCAUGACAGCCUUGUGCAGUACCUCUCGUACUGCCACGCCCCACCGCACGGCGUUGUGCUUGUGACGGAGUAUGUCCCUGGCGGCACGCUGCGUGACAUGAAGGACCGUUACGGCCGGAAGCUGCCGCUGAUGGCUGUGAAGCGGAAUGUUGCGUCGCUGCUGCGCGGCCUGGCGUACCUCCACGGGCGUGGCCUGGUGCAUGGGCAUGUGUGCCCUGAGAACGUGAUGGUUGGUGUGGAGGGGCGAUGCCGACUCAAGGGCAUGCUGCUGACCGCUGAGUCGCUGUUCGCUCAUCACAGCUCGUACUAUGUGAGUCCUGAGGUGUCUGUCGGCGGCGCCAAGACGGCGGCCAGCGACAUGUACGCGCUGGGGCUUCUGCUGCUGGCGAUGCUGACGAACUCCCACCCGUGGCAGUGGGCUCCGCGUGUGGCGGUGGAGCGCUCGCAGAAGGAGCUCGACUCGCUGCUUGCUGACAGUGUGGCAUUCCGCGAGGCGCUGCGGGGGGGACUGUUGGAGCCAAUACCGCCACCCCCGGACGUGGACAGUGCUAUGCGGGGUGUGCUGGAGGCGUGUCUGUGCGCCGAGCCCAACGAACGGCUGUCUUCCCUUUGUGUUUUGGAGAAGUUGAGUGUUCCUGGGUUGUAG